AUGGACUUGAACCGCGUCCGUACCAGCUCUGCCAGCACCGGUGACGGCAGAGAGCGAGCGAUGUCCGUCUUCUCCGAGGGCUAUCAGACCGCCACCACAGCCCCAACCUCACCUGCGACCUCUCUCCCGAGCGCCUACAAGAGCGGCGAGGAUGACGACGAUGAGAUUCUCGAGAUCGACAAGGAGACUUUCGAACGUAAUAUUGAACAUACGAGAAAAGACUCCUGCCAGUUCGAACAGCCCAUCGCCAUCAACGACUCCGGCAUUAAAAUAAUCAACGGCAGCACCUUCGGCGGUACCGAUCCCCUCCACUCUCACAUUCGCCUUCAUAACAUGGAACCGCGCUGGUGGAUUGAAGAGCGUCAGCGCUCCUCUCAAAUCGAUCGCUACAACUCCCGCCCUCCAACGACCAAGCGAAAGCGCUCAGCCGAAGGCGCUGGUCUCAACAAAGCCGUCACCUCCGCCUACCUCGACCCCACCUGGUACGACACUCUCUCCUACAGCCGCCAAGACGCGUUCACCUCCGGCUUGGACAUGGAUAGCGAGCCUGAGGAGACGAGCGAGGAAUUCUGGGAGAAGGUGACGGGGGCGUGGAGGUUGAGUAUGAGGUAUGAGAGUGUGGAGGAGCGGAGGGAGGCGUUUGAGGUGGAGUUUGAUGGUUAUGGGGACUUGGGUGAGGGCGAGACGACGGAGAUGCUGGUGGGUGGGAAGGAGGAGAGGGGGGAGUUUAGGCAGGAGUGGUUUAGGGAUGAGUUGGAGGUUGGGGUGGGAGAGGUGGGGGAGAGUUGGUGA